AGCAGCAGCCAUAGUCAUGGACACUGAAGGAUCAAAGAAUUUAAAAGUUGACCCGGAGAAGCUGCUCACCAAGCUAGAGAGGAUUGGGAAGGGAUCGUUUGGAGAGGUCUUUAAAGGCAUUGACCAUCACACGCAACAGAAGGUCGCUAUAAAGAUUAUUGACCUGGAGGAGGCUGAAGAUGAAGUGGAAGACAUCCAACAGGAGAUCACAGUCCUCAGCCAGUGCGACAGCCCCUUCAUCACUAAAUACUAUGGCUCUUAUCUGAAGGACACAAAACUGUGGAUCAUCAUGGAAUAUUUAGGAGGGGGUUCUGCUCUGGAUUUGCUGGGACCUGGACCUCUUGAUGAGUCCCAUAUCGCCACCAUCAUCAGAGAGAUCCUGAAAGGUCUGGAUUACCUGCACUCUAAAAAGAAAAUUCACAGAGAUAUUAAAGCUGCUAACGUCCUGUUGUCAGAGCAGGGUGAUGUGAAGCUAGCUGAUUUUGGUGUGGCCGGGCAGCUCACAGACACACAGAUCAAGAGGAACACGUUUGUGGGCACUCCAUUCUGGAUGGCACCAGAGGUCAUUAAACAGUCAGAGUAUGACUCAAAGGCAGAUAUCUGGUCAUUGGGCAUAACAGCAAUCGAGCUAGCAAAAGGAGAGCCGCCCCACUCUGAUCUUCACCCCAUGAAGGUGUUAUUUCUCAUCCCUAAGGAAAACUCACCCACACUGGAGGGAAACCACAACAAAGCUCUCAAAGAAUUCGUAGAUGCCUGUCUCAAUAAAGACCCCAACUUUAGGCCAACAGCUAAAGAGCUUUUGAAACACAAAUUUAUCAUUCGAUAUGCCAAGAAGCCAUCAUUCCUGAUGGAUCUUAUCGACAAGUACAAGAGAUGGAAAGAAAAACAGGCCCGCGAUGAGUCCAGCUCUGAUUCCGAAUUAGAUGACGGUGAAGCAUCUGGAGAGUCUGUGACUGAUGACUGGAUCUUUGGCACUGUCAUAGGACAUAAGCCCACAGUGAAACGGAAUGAAGUCGUAAAAAAAGAAGAAUUACACAAAGAGGUUCCAGACAGUGCAAAGAAUCCUCCGCCCAAGAGCAAAGAGUCCAAGUCCUCUAUUAUUUUACCAUUGUUUGCAGAGCUGAAGCAGAAGCAAGGUGUUUAUAAGCCGGCGGUGUUAGAGGAGCUGAAGCAGGCCAUGCUCCUGGCUGAAGAGACAUGUCCCGGGAUCACUGACUCAAUGGUGACGGGGGUGGUUCAGCGAUUAAAGAGGUUUUCGUCUCAACACUGACUGACUCUUAGUGCCUCUGCAUGAAGACUCUUUCUUCUGUGGGUGUCUGUAUUAUGUAUUUUCUGCUGUUUUAUUAUGGCGGGAUUGUGAAUAAGCCAUUUACAAUCCCAGUUACUAGCUGUCUGUACAUAAGUGUAGAAUGUGGACUGGAUUUGUUUAAGGACCCCAUGGAAUAAUUUGAUAAUUUAAGUUUUCCUCAAUUCCUGUAAGAGA